UUUUAAUAGAUAUUAAUACAUAUAGAAAAGACUGAUUUGUGAACUUAAAGGACUGAGUUUAAACGCAUCCUAAUUCAUUAUGCAAACUUAAAUCGCGAUAGAACUGGUUAAAGUAGUUAAGUUUUAAACAAAGUGACUGUUUAUUUCAUGGAAUUCAUUUCCAAAAGUGUAGAAAAGUAGUAUGACCGUUAGAAUUCAGACACCAUCUAUUAUCACAAAUAAUGUUACAACAUUCACAAUCGAACAAAAUUGUGAAUACUCUUUCAUCAGCUUUGCCUGACGACCGGCCUGUGACAGCAAUUCAGAUUGUCAAUAGUGCUGAUAAGUGCCCCCUAGGAUUCUAUCCUAUCAUAAAGACUUACGACGCAGACCAAGACGCUGACUUGUGGAGAGAGGGAUCAUUUUUGAAAAUAAAUAAGACUGCCAGAUAUUUGUGCCUCUCAAAAACCGAAGGUAUUCCUGGAUUUGUGGUUCAGGAAGUCAGUAUAAUAAAUGAAAAAGCAGCGCCACCUGAAGGUUAUAGUUUACUCUACAAAACUGUCGAUACCGAUCAAAAAGCUUGGCGUAAAAAGCAACUUUGUUACAAACUAGCAUCAUUAAAUAGUACGUCUUCUGCUGUAACCGAUAUAAUAGUUUGUAGUCGUCUAAAAAAAGCACCGGAGGGUUUCGAUCUAGCUGGGGAAAUUAACGGAGUGACUAUUUGUUAUAAGAUGGGCAACGUUCAGGAUUACCAAAAUCCAUCGAGUCCAGCAAAUAAGAACGACAUAAACAGGAGGAACACGGACAAUUCUAAAACAUCAGAUGUUUAUCCGAAUCUCGAUGACGAUCACGAUUAUGAAAUUCUUAAGCCCGGAUAUAUUCCUCCGGUUCCUUCCAGAGCAGCUCCUCAACCACCAUUACCAGCACCUUAUCCCCCAAUUAAUUCUCAUCAAACACUAACCAAUACUAUGCAUCAAGAACUGGCGGGAGUUCCAUUUGUUUUAAAUCCUAAGUUUAUGACUUCAUACGGAAAAGAAGCGGCCCAGAUACCUUUUAUUACAGAGAAAAGUUUACAACAAUUGGAAAAACAGUACAACUAUAACUUUAGCUUGGAAAGACAGGCUGCAACUUAACGUUUAAAUUUUUUCUUUUUUGAAACGUUUAAGGCCAAAAUAAUUAUAAGUUUUGUAGUUUUAUCAAAUUUGUAUUGAUAGGUAACAUUAAUUAUACAUUUUUCCUAUA